UUUUACUUCCCAGCAAUCACCUCGCGUCGCCUUAAUAUGCUUGGGCUUCCUGUGUUUGGAAGCAUUGUGACCAAGCCUCAUAUUCAAAAUGGCGGACGAACUACGAACGUAGAAGACAAAACUCUAAGUUUUUCUUGGCUCUUCCUUGUUUAACUGAGCAAUAAAAGCUGUCAUAAAGUUUGUUUGAUAUAUUAUUUCCCAAUAUGUCGUCUGGACAUAGAAAGAGAAGAAUUGAGGAAGGAAAUUCAUCAGACGACGACGAUGAUUAUGAGCCUUACGUACCCUUAAAAGAAAGAAAAAAGAUGGAGCUGCAAAAGAAAGAAAAACUUCUGAAAAGAAAGACUACCUUGGAGAAGAAGGAAGAGAAAGAUACCAAAAAAUCUCUUGAGAACGAUGAAGGUCAAUUUUCUGCUCCUGUGCCUAAUGUCAGUCUGCUUGAUCAACACAGUGAGCUCAAAAAAAUUGCUGAAGCUGUUAAAGAAACACAUUAUGAUAAACAGCUGAAAGAGGAAGAAAAGAUAUUGGAGAGUAUUGCUGAAAGAAAAGCUCUUAUGGCAGUUGGAGAAAUAGCAAAGGGUAUAGUGUACACAGAAUCUAUUAAGACAGGAUGGAAACCUCCAAAAUAUGUGUUGUCCAUGCCUAAAGAAAAGUUUGAAAAAGUCAGGAGAAAAUGGCACAUUUUGGUAGAAGGGUCUGACGUACCUCCUCCUUUGAAGUCUUUUAAGGAGAUGAGAUUUCCACGUCCCAUCAUAAAUGCACUGAAAAAGAAAGGAAUUGUACACCCUACGCCAAUACAGAUCCAGGGCUUGCCUGCAGUGUUAAUGGGAAGAGAUAUGAUUGGUAUAGCAUUUACUGGAUCUGGAAAGACUCUAGUCUUUAUCCUACCCAUCAUCAUGUUCUCUUUGGAACAGGAAAAAGCCCUUCCCUUUGAAAAAAAUGAAGGCCCUUUUGGACUCAUUGUAGUACCAUCGAGAGAGUUGGCAAGGCAAACAUAUGAAGUUAUUACAUACCUUUCCAGGGCUCUUGAUGCAGAAGGUUAUCCGACCCUCAGGACAUCACUUUGUAUUGGAGGAAGUUCUAUCAAAGACCAGGCUGAGACAAUGAAAAGGGGUGUCCAUAUGGUCGUCGCUACUCCUGGAAGAUUAAUGGAUUUAUUGAAUAAAAAGAUUUUGACGCUUGAUAUGUGCAGAUACCUUGUACUUGAUGAGGCUGAUCGUAUGAUAGACAUGGGUUUUGAAGAGGACGUCAGAACCAUCUUUUCAUAUUUCAAGUUUCAGCGUCAGACCCUUCUUUUUAGUGCAACAAUGCCUAAGAAGAUCCAGAAUUUUGCAAAAAGUGCUCUCGUUCUGCCAGUGACUGUUAAUGUUGGACGAGCAGGAGCUGCUAAUCUGGAUGUCAUUCAGGAAGUGGAAUAUGUAAAACAAGAAGCUAAGAUAGUCUAUCUGCUUGAAUGUUUACAGAAAACAACCCCACCGGUCUUGAUUUUUGCUGAAAAAAAGAAAGACGUAGAUGAUAUCCACGAGUAUUUGUUGCUCAAGGGAGUAGAAGCUGUAGCUAUUCACGGUGAUAAAGAUCAAGAAGAACGUGAACAUGCAAUCCAGGGAUUCCGUCAAGGGAUCAAAGACGUGCUUGUAGCUACAGAUGUGGCAUCUAAAGGACUCGAUUUCCCUGACGUCCAACAUGUUAUAAAUUUUGAUAUGCCUGAAGACAUCGAAAACUAUGUACACAGAAUAGGUAGAACAGGUCGAUGCGGCAAGACAGGAAUAGCUACUACAUUCAUCAACAAGUCUUGUGAUGAGUCUGUACUCCUUGACUUGAAGCACUUGUUAAUCGAAGCCAAACAGAAGAUACCACCAGUACUAGCUGCUUUACAAGCAGACAACGAGGAAUACCUUGAACUUGGAGAUGAGCGCGGAUGUGCCUAUUGUGGUGGUCUUGGACACAGAAUCACAGAAUGUCCUAAACUUGAAGCGAUGCAGUCCAAACAAGCUGGAAACAUUGGACGUCGUGACUAUCUUGCUCAUGGCUCUGCUGAUUGGUAAAACCGUGAAAAUCUUGCUAUCAUAUUCGGUAUUCGAAAAACGCACAUGAAGGUAGGGUAACUACUGCUAGGAGCAAGACUUGUGAUCUUUUUACCGGGGGGGGGGGGGGG